AUGACGAAGAAGGGCACACCGACGAAGGCCUUCAGAAACACCGCAGCAAACGGUGCUCGCCAUGAAGACUGGCUGAAAUACGCUAGCGGUCCAGCUUCGGCACUCCUCGCCCUCUUCCGCACCCACAUUGUCGAAUGGGCUCGCCUUCCGAAGCUCGAAAAGCUACAGGUUGCGUGUGCAGCCUACUCGCAGCGUUCAGGCUCAUUCGGCGCGCCGCCACAUCUCUUUCCGUCUGCCAAGCCCUUUGUCGACUUGCUCGAUGGCAAAACGACCACACUCGUCGUCGAUCCACACAACCACAGCACUUACUACGGCCCAAUGCUCGCGGGUUAUGACCAGCCGGAGGAGAAGUCGCGGUUUGAAGCAGGGCGUCGCUUCCUAGAUCGCGUGAAGGUUUUGGGUCGGUGA